AUGGAGUGUGGUCCUAACGAGCCGACAUUAUUUAAUUUUGAAAAUAAUUCUACAAGACAAUUUAUUCAUUCACUUGUCUUAUUUCAAAAAGCAUAUGCCCCAAUUCACGGAAGAAUUUGUGUAUUUUUGUGUCUUUUUGGUGUAAUAACAAAUUUAAUUCAUUGUGUAGUCCUUACAAGGCCACAAAUGAGGCAAUCAGCAGUUAAUUCUAUUAUGACGGCAGUAGCUUUGUGUGAUUUAGGGACAAUGGGCUCUUAUUUAAUUUAUAUUUGGCAUUUUGUGCUUGGAGGGAAUUUAUGUAAAUGGCAAAGAGUAGCCUUAGCUAGACGUGCAUCUUUAACUGUUAUAUUUUUUAUUUUAUUACUUUGUAUUCCAUCAUUAGCAGUUCAUCAAGUAAUUAAAUAUCCCCACGCUAAUUGGCACCCCUCUUUAUUGUGCCCAAAAAUUAUUUCUGGAAUUUUAUCAAAAAAUCAUAGCGAACCUAUUUUUACAAUUAUAAUAAGAAAUACAGCAAUGGCUAAUGGAUGUUGGCUUUUUAAAGCUAAUUUAUGGCUUACUGGGAUUUGUUUUAAGGUAAUUCCUUGCCUUUUACUUUUAAUUCUGAGUGCCAGUCUUUUACAAAGACUUAAACAAGCAGAGAAAAAACGUUGUCAACUUUUAUUAAAGCAAUUAAGUGAUUCGCCUAAAAAUGAUGGAAGGAAUUCUGUUGAUAAUUUAAAACAACGGCAAAAUGGAGGAAUUAAAAAAAUGCAUGCUGACAGAACAACAGGCCUUUUAUUAGCAAUUCUUUGUGUUUUUCUCUUAACAGAAUUACCCCAAGGCCUUAUAGCCAUACUUAACGCAAUAUACACGGCAGAUGUCCACAGAUUUAUUUAUUUAACUUUGGGGGAUGUUUUGGAUUUACUUUCUUUAAUUAAUUCUUCUGUUAAUUUUGUUUUGUAUUGUUUAAUGUCUUCACGUUAUAGACAAACUUUUUGUUCCCUCUUUCUUCCAAUUAAAAUUUGUGGACGUUGUGUUGCUAAUGGAGGACAGUCAGCCCCUCCUUUACAAAGUUUUGUGUCAGAAAAACAAUUUAAUGAUAAUUGUGAUGAACUAGAAUUAAAAGGAACUCUUGCACAAAGGCUAGCACAGAGAAGAAGAUCAACCCCAACACUUCGAUUACAAAGAGUUGGAAGCCAACAAAGCCAUUUAAGUAUGCGCGAUUGGAAAGAAAGACAACAAAAACAAAGGAGAGGGUCUAACUUUCCAAAAUAUUUGGGGGAAAAAAUUAGAGAAGAUUCGAAUGAUGAAAAUAAACAACAAACAAAUUUACUCACUCCAAAUGCGGGUUUUUAA